AUGGAUACUGUCUCCCCCAUAUUCGGAUCGCGUACGAUGCGUAGCCGCGGUUGGGGGAACCGAAGCACCCUCCCGCCGCAGACCACCCCGUACGCGAACGCGCUUCGUCUACUGGGAUACCGCGAUGCCUCGCCCCACUGGACGCACGUCUGGGAAGUCGAGGCGCACGCGUGUCCGGAAUGUGAGCGGCAGUCAAAGUAUACGGUGCACCCAAAUCUGGCCGUCGCCUGCGAGGUACUGCUGCACGGGCAGAGCGUGAACACCUACUACGCGGGCGAGUUCUGCUUCGUCAGCGCGAGCCCCUACAUCGUCUACGUCAACAACGAGAAAGUGCUGAAGGCCGAAGUGGCUCUGGCUCACAAGUAUCUAAAUGCUCAGUACCCGGCGCAUCGGGCUCACACGCCCCCGGCACUACUGCAAGAGCAGCACCCAAAGAAGGACUACCUUAUGAAACACUGGGACGAGCUGUUAGAAAUAUUAAACAGCAUCGAGGAAAAGCGCCAGCGGCCCUACUACUCUCCAGAGCUGCUCAAAAUGCUGCCGCAAACCCCCAGUGACGAAGCU